AUGUAUCCUGCGUGGCUUCGGACCUCAGCCCUGGCCGGCCUUGUUUCGACAACGCUCGCUCUGGAUCUCCCAGAAUACCGAGGUCUAAAGACUUCUCAGAACGCAAGUGUCCUCGAAAUCACUCUCCACAACCCAACAUCGCCGAUCAAUGUCUGGAACCAUGAUUUUCAGACUGGGUUGGCCGACAUUGUACAGAGGCUUCAGUCCGACAAUGAAACCAAGGUCGUCAUUUUCAAGAGCGACGUUCCUGGUUUUGUAGAACUCAUGUACAACAUCUCGAACCUGCCGCAGGUGACCAUCGGCGCAGUUGACGGGAGAGCCCGCGGAGCAGGGAACGAACUCCUGAUGGGGCUCGACAUGCGUUUCGCUACCAAGUACGAAACGCUCCUCGGACAGAUAGAGGUGGCCACUGGCCUCAUCCCAGGGGGAGGAGGGAGCCAGCAUCUUCCUGGACUUAUCGGCCGAGGCCUUGCAAUGGAGUAUAUCCUAAGCGGCAAGGACAUCAACGCCCAAGACGCGGAGAGAAUCGGCUGGAUCAACAAAGCUUUCGACACAUCGAGUGAGAUGUACGCGUACAUUGACGAGCUCACCUCGCGCUUGGUUCUAUACCCUCUUGCAGCGCUAGCGGCGGCCAAGGAGUCAAUCAACCUUGCGGCGCGUCCUCCGUUGGAGAACCUUUUGCAAGAUGUCGCCUCCUUCAACCGCCGGAUCGCUGAUCCGAUCGUGUCGCAGCUCUUGGGCAAAGCAUUGUCUUUGACGAACAAUCAAUCGCUUGGCGAUGUGGAGCUCAAUUUGGGAAGGGACUUGCCUCUACUUUACACUUGAAGUACGACGUGGUGCCUGUUGUUGGCGAGUGAGCGUCGGCCACAGCCGCCCACGGAUGGCUUGGGCUUGCGGGCCAAGUGGAGUGGACUCACUAGGGUGAAGACGCGGAGAGCCAAGGCUAUAUCUCGAUGUACGGUUUGAAAUAUAGUACGUCCUAAGUUAUCCGCCUCAAAAAUAUGUAGGUUAAGGUAACCCCCCAAUUCUGGACCACUCUUUCACCACUUUCACAUCCAUCCACCUUUGCAUUCUAGCCGCGUUUUCUCGCGCCAUAAUAUAGUAAUUGCAU